AUGACUCCACCUCUGGCAAGUCGAUCAGGUGGUCACGUACGACGGGUGGAGAGAGACAGCCCCAGGCACGGACCCCAGACCCCCCGCCCCAUCUUGGCCUCCCUCAAGAUGGACCCAGAAGUGAAGCUCAAGGUCGACUCUUUCAGAGACACGAUCACAGGUGAAGCUGAGGAUCUACUGGCAAAUUUUUUCCCAAAGAAGCUUUUAGAACUCGAUGCUUUCCUCAAGGAUCCCAUUCUGAACAUUCACGAUCUAACCCAAAUCCACUCCGACAUGAAAGUUCCCGUUCCUGAUGCAAUUCUGCUGACAGCCAACCGUGAUGGGCCCAACAUGAAGAAGAGAAAGCUGGAGGGUUGUGAAGUGACUUUCCAGGGUACCAGAGUCUUUGUCAUGCCUAACGGGAUGCUGAAGAGCAACCAGCGGCUUGUGGACAUAAUUGAGAAGGUGAAACCUGAGAUCCGACUGUUGAUUGAAAAGUGCAACACGGUCAAAAUGUGGGUACAGCUGCAGAUUCCCAAGAUAGAGGAUGGCAACAAUUUUGGUGUUUCGAUUCAGGAGGAGGCUGUGGCUGAACUCCACAGCGUGGCGAGUGAGGCAACCACAUACCUGGACCAGAUCUCUGCGUACUACGUUGCACGGGCGAAGCUGGUCUCCAAGGUUGCAAAAUACCCGCACGUGGAAGAUUAUCGCCACACAGUGACUGAGAUGGAUGAAAGGGAAUACACCUGCCUGAGGCUCAUCAUAUCGGACCUGAGAAAUCAGUAUGCGACUGUGCAUGACAUGAUCCUGAAGAACAUUGAAAAGAUCAAGCAGCCCCGAAGCAGCAAUGCAGAAACGCUCUACUGA